GAGAGAGAGAGAGAAACAGAGUAGUACUAGAGAGAAGUGGUCUGCUUUGGCGGUUGGAAGCAGCAACAGCAGUUGCUAUCAGAGCAUUGCUUCAUAAAACAAAAUCUCAGGUGUUAGAUUAGGCCAACUGUUAUCUCUCUCUUAUUCUUCUUCUUCUUCUCCCUUUCUUUAAUUCUCUUCAAACUCAAGCAAAGAAACAAAACCAAAUCAUAAUAUAUUAACAAUCCUAUUUUUGUUGGUUAUAGUUUGAUUCUUGGUAGCCAUCCCUCGCCCAACUUCACCUUCUCUGACAUAAUCACAACACCUUCCCUUUUCUUUCUUUAUUAUCAUCAUCUUCUUCUCUUGUUUCUUCUAUCUGUCCCUGUAUAAUCAGUUAAAUCACAUAUCGUGGAGUUCGUGUACGGAACUGAGUUUGCCGUUUUGGUGGUUGAAGAUAAAAGGUCUUAAAUCUUGAACUUUGAAAAAAAAUUCAAUGGAUACUGUUCAGCCAGAGUCACCUUCCAAUACUAUUUCCAUCACUAUUUCAUCCUCUUCUUCGUUAUGUCCCACACCACCACGAGGUGAUAACAGUAACGUUGCUCCUCCCUCUGUUGUUCAAGAGAGUCUUCCAUCUUCCUUCUACUUAAGACUCGCUGUGAGAGUAUCUAGAGCUAGAUGGUUCAUCUUCUUGAGAAGAGUGUUUCACUACCAGAACGGAUCAAGAUCAGAUCUCGGGUCCAACCCUUUCAACUCCAGUACGUGGAUGAUGUCUGAGCUCAUAGCUCUGCUUAUUCAGCUUACUGUGAUAACACUCACACUUGCUAUCUCCAAAGAUGAGAAACCUAUUUGGCCGGUGAGGUUAUGGAUCACAGGCUAUGAUGUGGGAUGUCUCCUCAGUCUCAUGCUGCUAUAUGGUCGGUUUCGCCAACUAGACCAAGACCAAGGAAAUGGGUUUGUCCAUGGGGAUAUUGAGCAGCAACAGAGAAGCAGAGAAGACAACAGGAGCUCUCGUUUGAUGAACAGAUGCAGAACGUCGCUAGAGCUGUUCUUUGCGAUUUGGUUUGUGAUUGGGAAUGUUUGGGUGUUUGAUUCUAGGUUUGGUUCUUUCAACCAUGCUCCAAAGCUUCACGUCCUUUGUGUCUCUCUUCUAGCAUGGAACGCUCUCUGCUAUUCAUUUCCAUUUCUUCUCUUCCUGUUCCUCUGUUGCAUUGUGCCUCUCGUUAGUAGCCUCCUUGGAUACAACAUGAACAUGGGAUCUUCAGACAGAGGAGCAUCAGAUGACCAGAUCUCUAGUCUUCCUAGCUGGAAAUACAAACGAAUCGAUGACAAUGCUUCUGAUUCUGAAGCUUCGGUUCCUGAAACUGAUGAUCCAGAGUGUUGUAUAUGUUUGGCAAAGUAUAAAGACAAGGAGGAAGUAAGGAAGCUUCCAUGUUCACAUAAGUUUCAUCUUAAGUGUGUAGAUCAAUGGCUUCGUAUCAUCUCUUGUUGUCCUCUUUGCAAACAAGAUCUUCCCAGAUGAUAAAUGGCAAAAACCCUAAAUCAGACAAGAAGAGCUCAUAAGAGUCGAAGUCUCUCAUUUAAGUUCUAUAUAGUUUUUUUUUUUGGUUUGGUUUCUAGUUUUUGAUUUGAUUUGAAGCAAGUAGGUUACUUGUGUGAGUGUUAAAUUUUUGUACAGAAAGAGCUCACCAGUAACCGUAAAAUACAUUGUGAGAAGAUAUAAAUUACAAUGCCACAACUUUUAUAGAAUCUUGAUAUAGACUUAGAGCAUCCCAAACACUCUUUAUUUUAAAGGAAUAAUCCCCUAAAAAUAAAAGGGAUAAAGAGAUAGAUCCAAUCCCGACGCGAUCGAGAAAGUUUUUCCACUCUUAGUCGAUGACAUAAUGCUUCUGAAACCAAGCCUUACUGGAGGCCUAGAUGGAGUUGCUUGGCUGGGGUCACGGACAGGAUGCUAUACAACACGGUCAGGAUACUUCACGGCAAUGGAACAGGAACAAAAAUCUCUUAACUUGGCACAAACUCCAGGGAAGACAUCGCCUAAAAUUAAGCUUUUCUUAUGGAAAGCAACCCAAGGAGCACUCCCUAUGGGCUCUAACCUGCAACAGAGAGGUCUCCUGCAACAUACUAACUGUCUUCGUUGUGGGGAAGUAGAAACAGAGGCUCACCUCUUCCUACACUGUGAAUAUGCACGGAAAGUUUGGUCUUCGUCUCUUUUUAGAGAACAACUUGAUCCUGCAGCUUUCACUGUUUUUUUGGAGGCUUUGAAGUUUGGUAAAGUAGCGACUGGGCUCCCUCCAGUCGAUGGGCCUUACUCUCAGCACUCUCUUUGGAUAUCACUAAAGUCUGGUUCAACACAGACUGUCAGGCACUCCUAACAGCGCUCACCUCGACUGCUCCUCCGGCGGGUCUCUACGGGAUCAUCCAGGACAUCGGCCUUCUAUCAUCAUCCUUUGUUUCAGUAUCUUUCAAGUUUGUAGCACGUCGUUUCAAUUCUGCAGCAGAUAAGCUUGCUAAAUCUGCACUUUGUAUUGUCACAUCUUCCCUCCCAUAGUUUAUUGGGUUGAGGUCUCU